CGAAUUCGUGUUUUCCUACUAACUUCCCAGCAGUUUUCAUACCAAACGUCACACAUCGUAGAAGUGGAAAAUACAGUCAAAUCAGAAUGAAGAGUUGAUAACUGUUUCAAUCUGAGUCCUUGAACCAUAUAUUUCUGUGCGCUUGUUCUACAUUCCAACUGCGAGUGAAAGUUACAUCAUAUUACGCAAGACCCAACAUGGACGAGGCAGAGAAGUACCAGCAGAGAGUGCAGGCUAUAGCGGACAAGCGACGUAAGCAGCAGGAGGACGAGAAAGCAAGGAGAGAGAUGGAGGAGGAGUGGCUGAUGCAGGCCCAGCGCAAGCGGAAGUCCUUGAGAGACCAGUGGCUGAGUGAGAACCCUCAGCCUGCCCCUGAACGCAGUGCUGAGGACUACACAGAGGAGUUGCCAACUGAAGAGGAUAUAGUGGAGGUCAUUGAAUCCACAAGCUACACAGUCACCAAUGCCCAGAACCACAGCCAGGCUGACAUUGAAGAGGGUGGGAUACAAGACAUCAUCAAAGCUGCUGGGAGUCAGAUCCCUGGGCCAAUAAUGGAGAGGGUUCUCCGUGAGAAUGGACUGGAACGUCGAUCAGUGCUGGGGAUGGUUGCGGUGCAGGUGGAGAGGGAUUCAAAGACAGGGGUCACCAAGGUCAGGUCUGUGGUGCCCAUGUCUGGAGCACCCGGGGCCUUGGGGGAGACAGUGUUCAAUGACAGCAGGAAGAGCGUCCACCACGUCGGCGGGGAAGAGGGGCAGCCUUCUGUUGAGGAGCUGGGACAGAUCCUCAGUGUCAUCAACGAUGUUGGGAUGCAAGUUCUGCUGGAUGAGGUCCCAGUUGUACCACAACAGAAGGCAGAGGAGGAGAUAAAGGUUGGUGGUGGGAUGGAAGAGGAAGUGGACAAUGUGGAGGACCCUGCCACACCAACAACCCUGGGCUACAAAGAGGAAGAGGAUGAGGUUGUGGGGCAUGGGGAUGAUGAGAUGGAUGAGGAGAUAGGAGUAGGUCAGAUAGACCUUGUCGAGGACGCUGUCACACUGACCUUCCUGGGCUACACUGAGGUAAAGGCAGAGAGCGAGGGUCUGGGCCAUGAGGAUGAUCGAGAGUUGGUGAAGGUGGAGCGGGUGAUCAUUUCUGACGCGGGUGAGGAGGAGAUUGUUCUUCAGUCUCCGGUUCUUGGGUCUGAGACUGAACCCUUCCUGGGCUACACUGAGCAAGAGGUUGAGGCUGUGGGGCAUGAGGAUGAUGAGGGGGACAUGAGUGGAUUGGUGGACUUUGUGGAAGGCUCUGUCCCACCUGCCAUCCUGGGCUACACUCAGGAAGAGGUUGAGGAUCUGGGACAUGAGGAUGAUCCCCUCAGACCAACCCCACGCUACAGAGCAGAGGAAACAGGAAAGAGGGCAUUCAAACACAAGACCAAGUGCUGCUCUAUCAUGUGAUGCUGCACACACUGGCGAAAAAAUUACACAGUCUCUCUCUCUCUCUCUCUCUCUCUCUCUCGUCCCCCCCUCUAUUUCUCUAACCUAUGCCACUCAUGAUGAAUGGUCAUCAGUAAAGCUGGUCCGGUGGUAAAAAUUACACAGUAUCUCUCUCUCUCUCUCUCUCUCUCUCUCUCUCUCUCUCUCUCUCUCUCUCUCUC